UUCCUUCCUCUGCGCGCACACGCUGUUCCGUCAGAUAAAGAGCACGCCUGACGUCCCAGGGUCCAGCGCUGCCUGUCUGAGCCCUGUGUUCACAUCCAUGAAUAUCCGAUGCUUGGCAUCUGACUGAAACCCAUUCGCCAUUGUACACCGUAAAUAAAACACUCGCCACCUCUCGUGGCCUUGUCACCGGGCCUCGUUUGACCAGGUGGCGCUAUUGUGGAGGACAUGAGAGGCCGUUGGCAUGGAAGGACAGAGAUGCAGGGAGGCUGCUCCAGGUGGCAGGAGCUGCAGAGGAGAAGGCGCUCGCACUCGGUCGGCCUCUUCUACAGCAUAUUCACUGACCAGCUAAAGUGCAAUCUGAACAUCAUCACUCUGGCCCCAGACAUCAACCCCGAGGGAUUCUGCAUCCUGCUGGACUUCAUGUACACCUCCCGCCUCAACCUGAGGGAAAGCAACAUCAUGGCCGUCAUGACCACCGCGCUCUACCUACAGAUGGAGCACGUUGUCGAUACUUGCCGAAGGUUUGUCAAGUCUAGUGAAGCCGAGGUGGUCUCUGCAAUGAAGACGCCAAGGGAAGAGUUCUUGACAGGCCGGAUGCUGAGUCAUCCAGAAGUGAUGGCUUACAGGAGCCGGGAAGUCUCCGAGAACAACAUGCCUCUCCGAAACACGCCUCUCUGCGAUGGAAGGGCCUUUGCCUCCAGUUUGUACAGUGGCCUGUCUGGAUCGCCCCUUUCCUACACUGGAUACAACCCCAUUCCAGUCAACGGUUUCCUCUUAGAUGACGAGCUGCGAGAGGCGAGGAUCCCUCUGCCGGAUGUCUCGAGGGUCAACCCUUUCCCAAAGGAGAGAAUGCUGCCAUGUGACAGCUCCAGGACAAUCCCUACAGACUACACCAGAGCUGUCACCGACCUUUCAGCCAACAUGUGCCACGCCACCAUCUAUUCUCCAAAAGAGGCUGCUGCCGAAGAGGCCAGAAGUGACAUGCACUACAGAAUAGCCGCUGGCCCUAAGCCCGUCGCACCUCUGGUCCGAAACAAUCCCUACUUUGCCUGUGACAAAGCAGCCAAAGAAGAAGAGCGGACCUCUUCAGAAGACGAGAUAAGCCAGCACUUUGAACCAACCAACACACCAGUGAACCGAAAGGGUCUCAUCAGCCCCCAGAGCCCCCAGAAGUCAGACUGCCAACCCAACUCGCCAACCGAGUCCAGCAGCAGCAAGAACGCCCGCAUCGGUCAAAGCUCUGGCUCUCUGGGUACCAAGAGCCCUACUGACCCCAAAGCCUGCAACUGGAAGAAGUACAAGUUCAUUGUCCUCAACAACCUAAACCAGAGCACCAAGCAAGACGGUGCCGACCAGAAUGAAGCGGGGACCCUCUCCCCUCACUCCUACGUGUCUGCGUCGGCUUGCCAGCAGUCCAUGGAACCUGAGAAUCUAGACGUCCAGUCCCCAACCAAGCUGAGCUUGAAUGGGGAAGACUCGACAAUCCCACAAGCCAGCAGGCUCAACAACAUUGUGAACAGAUCCCUGGAUGGGUCCCCUCAGAGCAGUGAGGGGCAGUCCCCUCUGUACCUGCAUUCCUCAAAAUGCAGCUCCUGCGGCUCCCAGUCCCCCCAGCAUUCUGAGAUGUGCCUUCACACCCCUGGCUCGACCUUCGGAGAGGAAAUGGGCGAAACCCACUCCGAAUACUCUGACUCCAGUUGUGAAAACGGAGCCUUCUUCUGCAAUGAGUGCGACUGCAGGUUCUCUGAAGAGGCUUCUCUCAAGAGGCACUCCCUGCAGGCACACAGUGAUAAGCCCUACAAGUGUGACCGUUGCCAGGCCUCCUUCCGCUACAAGGGAAACCUAGCCAGCCACAAAACCGUUCACACAGGCGAGAAGCCAUAUCGUUGCACUAUCUGCGGAGCGCAGUUCAACCGCCCGGCUAACCUGAAGACCCACACACGCAUCCACUCCGGAGAGAAGCCCUACAAGUGUGAGACCUGCGGGGCCAGAUUUGUCCAGGUUGCCCAUCUCCGAGCUCAUGUGCUAAUCCACACUGGCGAAAAACCCUACCCCUGUGAAAUCUGUGGCACGCGCUUCCGGCACCUGCAAACGCUCAAAAGUCACCUUCGAAUCCACACAGGAGAGAAACCGUACCAUUGUGAGAAGUGUAACCUGCAUUUCCGCCACAAAAGCCAGCUGCGGCUGCACCUCCGGCAGAAACAUGGUGCCAUCACCAACACCAAGGUGCAAUAUCGCGUCUCGACAGCCGAGCUGCCACCAGAACUGCCCAAGGCGUGCUGAAAGCCAGUCUGUAUAUAUGUAAAAUGUGGUUCGCACGGUGCCUUUUUUUUCAAUGGACGUUUUCAAUGUAUGAACUGUAUGAGCCCAAUUUCCUUUUUAAGGUACAGCCUUAUGUUGCAAAAGGAGUCCUCUGGCAGAACUGUUUAUCGGGGAAUGUUUUUUUUUGGGGGGGGGGGGGAUGGAGGUUGGGUUUUUGGGGUUUUUUAGGUCUUAUUUUACAUGCUUGUGUUAUGAACAAUCUCGGGAGACAGGGUUUGGGCUGUGUCUAAACUGCAUUAACGCGUUCUGUAAAAUAUAGCUGUACAAAUACAAGAAUAAAACGAUGAAAAGUGAAGUA